AUGUGGCGCCAGGCGUCCCUGGCCGACGCCUGGUACGGCGCGCGCUCGCGGCUCCUGCGCACCAAGCCGGCUGGGGCCCGCCGCGAACGGGACCCGGAGGCCGGGCUGGCCAAGGUGCUGACCGCCCUGGACCUAGUGUCGCUGGGGGCGGGCAGCUGCGCGGGGACCGGCAUGUACGUGGUGGCCGGGCUGGUGGCCAAGACCGUGGCCGGCCCGGGCGUGGUCCUGUCCUUCGCCGUGGCCGCCGCCGCCUCCGUCCUGUCGGGCGUGUGCUACGCCGAAUUGGGCGUGCGCGUGCCCGAGACGGCCGGUUCGGCGUACGCGUACAGCUACGUGACGGUGGGCGAGUUCGCGGCCUUUCUCAUCGGCUGGAACCUCGUCCUGGAGUACCUGAUCGGCACGGCCGCCGGGGCCUCGGCCCUCAGCGCCACCUUCGACUCGCUGGCCAACGGCAGCGUCAGCCGCUACGCCGCCGCGCACCUCGGCACGCUCGGGGGACUCGGCCGAGGCGAAGUGGCCUCCCCCGACCCGCUGGCCGCGCUCAUCGUCCUGCUGGUGGCGCUGAUCGUGGCCCUCGGCGCGCGCAACUCGGUGACCCUCAACAACGUCCUCAACACCGUCAACGCGGCGGUCUGGGCCUUCGUGGUCCUGGCCGGGCUUUUCUUCGUCUCGGCUGAAAACUGGGGUAUCGGCGGCGGCGGCGGCUUUCUGCCCUACGGCUGGUCAGGGGUGAUGCAGGGGGCGGCGACCUGUUUCUACGCCUUUAUCGGCUUCGACAUCAUCGCCACCACCGGAGAGGAGGCCCAGGACCCCGCCGCCUCCAUCCCGUACGCCAUCGCCGCCUCGCUGGCGGCGUGUCUCGGCGCCUACGUGUCGGUGAGCGCCGUCCUGACCCUGUCGGUCCCGUACCGGCGGAUCGACGGCUCGGCGCCUCUGAUGGGGAUGUUCGCGGCGCACGACUUCCCGUUGGGCGAGUACACGGCGGCGGCGGGCUCGGUGGCCGGCCUGAGCGUCUCUCUGCUGGGCUCGUUCUUCCCCAUGCCGCGCAUCCUCUACGCCAUGGCCGACGACGGACUCUUGUUCAGGUGGCUGUCCCGCGUGUCGGAGAGGACGCGCACGCCCGUGGCAGCUUGCGCGCUUUCCGGCGUUUCGGCCUCCGUCCUGGCGCUGCUGGUGAGCCUGCGCGACCUGAUCGAGAUGAUGUCGAUCGGCACGUUGCUGGCCUACACGCUGGUCAGCGUUUGCGUACUGCUGCUGCGCUACCGACCGGACGACCCCGCGGAGGAGGACUCGGCCGACCUCGACCACUCCUCCGUGGCCGAUUCGGCCGAAGGCAAAGACGAGGCGCCGGAUUUCCACGAGGGCCCUGCGUCGCUGCCGGAAAGGCUUCUGGGAGCCCGCUACCGGAGCCUGCGGGCGCGUCUGGGCGUCCCCCCGCCCUCCGCCCGGCCCACGGACCGCAGCGCUCGCACGGCCGCGCGCUGCACGCUGGCCUUCUUCGCGCUCUCCUUCGCACUCUGGGGCGCCGUCAUCCUGGGCCCGGAGCGGGACGCCGGCGCCGCCGCCGUCGCCCGGGGCACGACGGCGGCGCUGUCGGCGGUAGGUCUGGCGGCGCUCCUCUUGACGCUGCUGCGGCAGCCGCAGAGCGGCCGGCGCUUGGCCUACGCGGCGCCGUGCGUGCCCUUCGUUCCGGCUGCCGCCAUCUUGGUCAACAGCUACCUCAUGCUGAAGUUGGCGCCGCUCACGUGGGCCCGAUUCGCCGUCUGGUGCGCACUAGGCCUGCUGAUCUACGGGUGCUACGGCGUGUGGCACAGCUCGCUGGAGGUGAACGCCCGCCAAGAGGAGGCCCGCGCCAGCUCCUACCGACGCUUCGACGACCACCUGGACGACGGCGACGACUCCGGCUACCAGAACCGCACGUACGAGCGGGACGACGACGACGACGACUCCGGUUCCCAGAAGAGCGCGUACGAGAGGAACGACGCUUACGACCAUGACUCCGGCUACCAGAACCGCGCGUACGAGAGGAACGACGCUUACGACCAUGACUUUGGAUACCAGAGAGGAGGAGGGAACCGUGAGAGCGACGACUGCGACAAUGACCAACGGGGCUACUGA